AAAAGAGAAUCAGGACAGUUAAUUUGAGACGGGGGAAGUAUGUCAAUGAAUACCACAAGAACUAUGGUGCUAUACAUAAUAUACUCUAUAAUUUAGCAAGAAAAGAGAUUAUUUUGCUAUGCAAGGAUUUAUGUCAAUUGCAGUAAAAACAGCAGGAUCUGGACUUUUCUUUCUUAUUCUUGUUAAACAUAUUCCUUUUUAAGUUCUACUCGGUUGAUCUUUUAUGUACACUUACCAAGCUUCAUGCUCUCUUUUCAGGCAUCUCCCGUAGUUGUGGGAACUAGCAUUGGAGCUGCUGCUUUGGCAGCUAGAUACUUGAUACAAGCAUGGCAAACAUUUAAAGCAGCACCUCGAGUUCGGAGGUUUUAUCCUGGUGGUUUUGAACGGGCUAUGACAAGGCGAGAAGCAGCAUUGAUUCUCGGAGUCAGGGAAAGUGCUGUCCUGCAGAAGAUCAAGGAGGCUCACAGGAGAGUUAUGAUAGCAAAUCAUCCAGACGCUGGUGGCAGCCAUUAUCUUGCUUCCAAGAUUAAUGAAGCCAAGGACGUUUUGUUAGGGAAAACCAAGGGAGCUGCUUCCGCAUUCUAAUUGACAAGUAUUUUGUUUACACCAUCAUUUUUAUUUCUUAACAGCUUC